AUGGUCCGGGAGGAGCUUCAUCGUAGCAUUGUGAAUUAUUCCAUUUGUCGCCUACCAGGAUCUACAGAGAGGCGGGUGCCGGCUUUCCCAUCUACCCCUGUGGUGUGGUACAGGAUGGAUUCACCACGGUUUAGCGUGAAGAAGUUUAUCGGCAAAGGAUGCUACUCGAUGGUGUAUGAAGUAGCUUCUGCAAGAGGAAACGACAAAAAUGAACUAUAUGCAUUUAAAAGAAUUUUCCUUCAGAAUCCAUCAGCUGUUAUUUGUGCAAUUCGGGAACAUCACAUUCUCAUUCGUCUCGCUCUGAAAGAUUACCAAUCACCUUUUCUGCCUACCCUUUUCUGUAGUUUUCGAAUCCAUGGAUCUCCGGUCUUUGUGCUCCGUAGAGGGAGUGGCUUCGACCUCUUUGACCUCCUGUCCAGAUAUGGCCGCUUGAGCGAAAGUGAUGCUAGAUUUUACACUUCUGAAAUUAUCUGUGGUUUAGAAUACCUACACGCCAUGCGGGUCGUCCAUUUAGAUCUCAAGCCAGAAAAUAUACUUCUCUCCCAUUCGGGUCACGUUCUUAUCACGGAUUUUGACCGUUCAUACGAUAUUACACGAAAACAAGAACCUCCAAAUCAUGACGACUUUUGUGGAACUCCCCUUUUUAUGGCACCCGAAAUAGCGAACGGGAUAGAAAUAACAACUAAGGCUGAUGUGUGGAGUCUGGCCAUUUUAAUGGCUGAGAUUGUGUCAGGUCCGGUUCGUAGAGUUUCUAACGACUUGAAUGUAGAUAUUAAUCGGGCGAGAACAGGUUACUGGAAAAUAAGGAAUUUCCAGAGACUCUCAAAGGCUCUUCAGUCCUUUUUCAAUGCCUGUUUGAAAAUUAAUCACAAGGAGCGUCCGGACAUUUCUGGUAUCAAGAAUCUGCGCUUUUAUAAGCAUGUAGACUGGAAUGAGGUAGGUUCCUGCAGUGUUAAACCUCCCCAUGACCCUUUCGAUUUGAGAUGUUCUGCCUCUCAUAAUGAGCGCAGUGUUGAUCCGAAUGAUCCUUUGCUUCUGGAAGCAGCCUACGGAGAGUAUAUGCCCUCGAUAAAGAAGGGUCUUCAAUGCACUGUUGAUAUCAGUGGUGUUCGUCAUUUAGUCACAAGUCUACCAAACACUAAAUUAUUGGAGGAAGCUGGGUUGACAUCUGAGAAAAUCGAGGAGCUUUUUGCUGAUUUCGAGUUUUCUAACCCCGUGCUUCGCUCCGGCGGUGUCGCAAAUGCGUCGCAAGGUGUCAUUGAUGUUGAUAAGUUGUCUCUUGACGCUGAGGAAAUUGAAGUUCACAAGCCUUUUGAAGCCACCGGAAAGCGUUCUCGUAUUUUCUCUCUUAACAGUGUUCUCAGACCAGCUAGAAAAUCGACAUGGACAUACACGACUCACUUAAAACGCCGAUGGUACUAA